UGACGAACUAAACAAUUUGCCGGUGCACUGUACAUCUUGUUUCGCAUGUGUUUGUUUGAUUAGAAAGUCGGCUGCCGAUAUUGUGGGUGUGAAUACCGUGCGGGACGCGAGGCGCAAGCAACAGCAGCUACGAAAAUUUCUCAUCGCGGCAAGAUGGAUUUCGCCAGCGUACUAAAUAAGAGCGAACCACACCAGCGCACCAUUAUCCACCUGGACAUGGACUAUUUCUAUGCUCAGGUGGAGGAGCUGCGGGAGCCCACACUGCGCAACCGCCCGUUGGCCGUUCAGCAAAAGAAUUGUGUGGUCACCUGCAACUAUGUGGCACGGGCGAAAGGAGUUACCAAGCUGAUGGGUAUCACAGAGGCGCAACGACUGUGCUCGGAUCUGGUGUUGGUUAAUGGCGAGGACCUGGCACCAUAUCGCCUAAUGUCCCAAAAGAUAUUCGAUCUGCUGCUCAACUACACGCCAGAUGUGGAGAAGCUGGGAUUUGAUGAGAACUUUAUGGAUGUGACGGCGCUGGUGGAUUUGCGGCAGGCUCAUGCAGCCGAGGCACAGCGUAAGCCACCGAUUGGACACAUUUACCCGGCGGAUGGCACAGCACUGACCGCAUGCAGCUGUGGCUGCGCCCAGCGUCUGGCCAUAGGCACGCGCAUAGCCCAGGAGAUACGUGACGAGCUGCAUCUGCGGCUGGGCAUCACCUGUUGUGCAGGCAUUGCCUAUAAUAAGCUGCUGGCCAAGCUCGUGGGCAGUCGCCACAAGCCCAAUCAGCAGACUGUACUAGUGUCCACCUAUGCGGAACAGUUUAUGCGGGAACUUAACGAUUUGCAUAGCGUCACAGGCAUUGGCCAGAAAACGCAAACACUGCUGUUGGAGGCGGGCGUUUCCACUGUGGAGCAGCUGCAGCAAUGCGACAUGGAGUUUAUGCGUAAGAAGUUCGGCUUCGAGACGGCAACCAAACUGCGCGAUUUGGCAUUGGGGCGCGAUGGCAGCUCCGUGCGUGCAACGGGCAAACCCAAGACGAUAAGCGUCGAGGAUGCCUGCAAGACCAUCUCGGUGCACACGGAUGUGACGGACAAAUUUCGCAUGCUGCUCAAGCGGCUGAUGGAGCAGGUGGCCGAAGACGGUCGUAUACCUAUUGCCAUCAAGGUAGUUCUGCGCAAAUUUGAUUCCCAGAAGAAAACCAGCCAUCGCGAAACCAAACAAGCUAACAUAUUGCCCUCCCUCUUCAAGACCUCGGUAUGCCCUGGUGAGACAGGUGUUUGCAAAGUUCAGCUGGCGGAUGGCGCAUUAGAUAAGCUACUUAAGAUCAUAAUGCGUCUUUUUGAGCGCAUUGUGGAUCUGAAGAAACCCUUCAACAUCACAUUGAUUGGCCUGGCCUUCUCCAAGUUUCAGGAACGCAAAGUUGGCUCCUCGUCUAUAGCAAAUUUUCUAAUUAAAAAAGCUGACCUGGAGGUCCAGUCCAUUACAUCUCUAACGAACACGAGUCUCACUAGUCCCACGUCGGAGAGCAGUCCGACAGCAAUGAGCGGCGAUGAAGCCGCCUUUCGUUCGUCACCCACAACAUUCAAACCAAGUGAUCAGUUUUAUAGGCGACGCGCGACCACAGCGUCACCGGUGCCCAUGCUCUUGGACAAUGGCUCCGAAUCGGCGGCAACCAAUUCGGAUUUUAGUGAUUUCUCUGAAACCGAAGUGGAGCCUUCGCCGAAAAAGAGUCGCAUUGGACGUGUGCUGGUCAAUAAGCGCAGUCGCCUGGCAGUAGAUGCGGCGGACACGGCCGCCGAUGUGGCUUCGCCGAGCAAACUACGCGUAUGCGAUCUGCGGCUAAAUUCACGCGACAGUGAAAAGGAUUUUCCCAUGAGCCCCAUAGCCGCGUCCACAUCUGGAGCAGCUGCAGCGCCACGCUUUCGCACGAUUCAGCCACCCAAUACGCUGCUCAACCGCAUCGAUGGUAGCCUGCGUUUUAUACCCACACGCACGGCAAGUCGCAUGAGCUCCAAUGCCAGUUCAACGGCAUCAUCGCCGCUGCCCUCGCCCAUGGAUGAUACGGUUAGUGCGCCUAGCACGCCCACCAUGGCGCCAGCGUUACAGGUGGCCGCACCAGCGCCCAGUGUUGCUGACAGUGGCGCGACAACAGAGGCAGCCACUGGUGAUUCACUCGCAAAUCUUGCCUGCCCCGCCGGUGUAGAUGCGCAGGUGUUUAAGGAGCUACCCGUUGAGCUGCAGAAUGAAUUGAUUGCCUCGUGGCGUAGUUCGUUGGUGGUAGCUGCAGCCAAUGCCGUGGAGCAGGCAACAACAAGCAGUGGCAGUAGUUCAGCCAACACCGGCAGCAGUAGCGGCGGCGCCAGUGGCGCCGGCAGCACCACACAAAAGAAUACCCUAUAUCGUUAUUUCCUGAGGAACAAGUGAUGUCGUGUAGAUGCGUUCAACG